AUGGCUAGAAUCAAAAGAAAAGGAACAUCAGGAAAUGCCAAAAAUUUCAUAACUCGUACGCAAGCAAUCAAGAGAUUGCAGAUUUCCUUAGCUGAUUUCCGUCGUCUUUGUAUUUUCAAAGGUAUAUAUCCAAGAGAACCACGAAACAAAAAGAAAGCUAACAAAGGUUCAACUGCCCCCGUCACGUUCUACUAUACCAAAGACAUCCAGUACUUGCUUCAUGAACCGGUAUUGGACAAAUUCAGACAGCACAAGACAUUUGCAAAGAAAUUGCAAAGGGCAUUGGGUAAAGGUGAGAUUUCUAGUGCUUCCAAAUUGGAACAGAACCGUCCAAAGUAUAAGUUAAAUCACAUCAUCAAGGAGAGAUACCCCACUUUUCUUGAUGCCUUGAGAGAUUUGGACGACCCUUUGAAUAUGUUGUUUUUGUUCAGUAACAUGCCCGCAACUGACCGUGUAUCCACCAAAGUUGUCGGUGAUGCUGAAAAAUUGUGCAAUCAGUGGUUGGCAUACGUUGCCAAGGAACGCUUGUUGAAAAAGGUGUUUGUGAGUAUAAAGGGAGUAUACUACCAAGCUACAGUCAAGGGCCAAGAGAUUAGAUGGUUGAUUCCAUACAAGUUCCCCACGAACAUCCCCACUGAUGUCGAUUUUAGAAUCAUGUUGACGUUCUUGGAGUUUUAUUCGACAUUGUUGAACUUUGUCAUGUACAAGUUGUAUAACGAGAGUGGUUUAAUUUAUCCUCCUCGUAUUGAUACGGCCAAGUUGAAGGGUGUUGGUGGAUUGACUAGUUAUGUUUUGCAAUCAAAGGAUUCGAAGAAUGGCAAUUUGUUGUUGAAGCAGCAGCAACUGCAACUGCAACUGCAACUGCAACUGCAACUGCAACAACAACAACAACAACAGGCAGCAACAGCUGCUGAAGGGAAUGUUGGUGGCAAAGUUGGAAAAGAGUUGUCUCAAUUGGAAAUCCAAAGGGCAAUCGAAGCAGAUGAGAAAGUCGACAAUGACAAGGACAUUGAAAAAGAAGAUGCUGGUGCUGCAGUUGAAGAAGUUGAAUUGGACACUUUCCAAGACAACUCAACAACCCAAUCAGCCGACACUUUGAUUCAACCAUCUAAAUUCUCCUCGCCUACUUCCCAACUAUUUUCCAAAUUCAUUUUCUACAUUGGUAGAGAAGUCCCCUUGGACAUUUUGGAAUUUGUCAUAUUGUCAUGUGGAGGAACAGUAAUAUCAGAGAUUAGUCUUGAUGAUUUGAAAUUGAAUGACCCUGCAGCAUACAAUGAAUUGAAUUUGGAUUCGAUAACUCAUCAAAUUUGUGAUCGAAACAAGAUCUUGACCAAGGUUCCCGGUAGGACUUAUGUUCAGCCACAAUGGGUAUUUGAUUGUGUUAAUAAACAGGAGUUGAUUAGUGUGGGGCCAUAUGCUCCCGGCGAGACUUUACCUCCACAUUUAUCGCCAUGGGGUGAUGCUGGUGGAUAUGAUCCAAAUGCCGAUGCUAAUGCCAAAGCACAAAAAGCCGAAGGUGAAGCCAACGAGGAAGAACAAGACGAAGAAGACGAGGAGGAGGAGGAGGAGGAGGAGGAGGACAUUGAAGUAGAGUCUGGAGACGAAGAUCAAGACGAAGACGAGGAAGACGAGGAGGAUCUUGAUGAGGAUCUCAAAGCACAAAAGGAGUUGGAAAUGGAAGUUGCUGGAGAAAAGUUUUCCGACCAGAAGCAAGAUGAACCUAAAUCAAAGAAACAAAAAACUAAACAAUUCUCAAAUAAAGUCAAUGAAGACGAUGAAGCUAAGGAGUUGGCCAAGAUUAUGAUGACAAAUAAGCAAAAGAAGUUAUACAAGAAGAUGCAAUACGGUAUUGAUAAGAAGGAGACCAGAAAUAAGGAGUUGGCGAAAAAGAGGAAGCAAUUGGAUAAGAAAAAGAAGCAGUUGCAGAGUAUGUAA